AUGUUCGAAAUUAAUCCGCUCAGUCGUUUGCUACAAACACCUACUAUCGAUUUCGGUGUCACUCAUCAUCACGUUUUAUCAUUACUCAAUACAUUCGAUACACGAGAAACUAAUGCUGUUAAUUAUUUCAAAAGCGUCGCGUUUGAAAAAGCAAAACAAAUAUCGGAAGAAUUAUUGGUACAACCAGCAGUACCACGAACAUAUCAACGACGACAUGGCCAACAGACUCUUGAUCCAGAAGAAUUUUAUCGCGAUCAAGUAUUUCUUUCUUUUCUACUUGAAUUACGAGAAAAUAUCGAUAAGCGUCUUUCCGUAUUUGGCCAACCACGUACACAAUUGCUUACUCAAUUACGACCAGAACAUAUUACGUCGAUGAAUUGUUCAACAAUGGUAUUAUAUCAAAAAUUAAUAGAAGAAUUCUCGGGUCAUUUACCACAACCUCUGCAAUUAUUUGGUGAAUUAGAAAGAUGGAAAAAUGCAUGCAUUAAUCUCGUAGACAAGCCCAACUAUGUCAAUAUGUAG